AUGACGUGUCAGACGGAGGAGCUUGAGGUAGACAUUAUCGUUGCCGGUGGCGGGACAGCAGGGUGUGUCAUCGCUGGACGCCUGGCGACGGCGGACCCUACCUUAACAAUUCUGGUCAUUGAAGCCGGUCAACCCACUCGCGAAGAAUUGCCACACAUUCAACCCGCUCGCUUUCUCAGUCACUCACUUCCUGGGAGCCUCACGAUGAAACGCUAUGUUGGAAGGAAGUGUGAGCAACUCGGCGGGCGUUGCCCUGUGGUGCCCUGCGGCGAAUGCCUCGGUGGGGGCUCCAGCGUAAAUUUUAUGAUGUACAACCGUCCAUCCAAAUCGGAUUUCGAUGAUUGGGAAACCGUCUACGGGAACACGGGCUGGGGAUCAAAAGACCUUCUUCCUCUGUUUCAGAAGGCCAGGACAGUCAUUCGUGUCAUGGAGACAUAUCAAGUAGAAAAUGACAGGGAAACGCAUGGAUAUUCGGGUCCAAUUCAAGUUUCGUAUGGCGGCCAUUUCACAACAUGGGGCCAAGAGUUUCUGAACAUUGCAUCCCGUUACGACAAGAAGCGAAUCUCAACAAAUGACCCUAACGGAAUGCGACCCCAAGAUAUUAAUGCUUAUGGACGAUGGGAGAAGUACAUUGGCGCGGAGAACGGACGGCGUUCCGACGUACCGCAUCAUUACCUCUUCCAAAAGGAAUUCAGAAAUCUCACGAUACGAACAGGUCAUCUGGUGAAACGUGUUCUCUUCGAAGGUAAUCGGGCAGUCGGCGUUGAAUACCUACCUAAUCCAAGGCUACAUGCGGCCGUUACUCACAAGGUGCAUUCUGCUCGCGCACGGCAGAUGGUAAUAGUUUCUGCGGGUGCGCUCGCAUCACCCACUAUCUUGGAACGGUCUGGCAUAGGUUCCGGGGUACUUCUUCACUCGCUUGGUAUCGAGACCAUUGUUGACCUUCCUGGUGUUGGUGAAAAUUAUCAAGGUCUCCCCUCUUUGAUUUCCAACGUGCAUUAUUCCACUGCUCACCAUGUAUCCAUCAUAGACCACAAUGUCCUGUUUGUUCCUUAUAAUGUUGAUCAAGAGGUGGAGACGUUAGAUGGGAUCGUUCAGAACGAUGAGGCUGAACUCGAAAAAUGGAGCGCACAGUGGACUAAGGAUGGAUCAGGAUUGAUGUCGCAUAAUGGGAUCGAUGGGGGAGUCAAGCUACGCCCGUUAGAGGAAGAAUUGGACCAGUUAGGCCCCGAGUUCGAACAACGGUGGACAGAAUAUUUCGCCAAUGCACCAGAUAAACCUGUGAUGUGGCUUGGUUGUUACGCUCUGUAUAUGGGUGAUCCUUCCUUAUUUCUCCCGGGGAAGUACUGCUCGAUUGGUUGUUUCUUACAUUACCCUGAUUCUGUGGGCCAUAUUCAUGCCACCUCUGCGGAUGACAUGACCGCCCCUCCAGACUUUGAUCCGAACUUCCUCGUGCAGCCUGGAGAUAUUGCCCUUCUGAGAUGGGGGUAUAAACAUGGUCGAGAGCUUGCGCGACGCAUGCCUUCUUACAGAGGAGAAUUCGCCCCCAGCCACCCCACAUUCUCGUGCGACAGCCCGGCGGCUUGUCAAUCUCAAAGACACCCCAUAAACGUAUCAGAUCCGAACAUUGACUAUACGACGGAGGACGACCGGGCAAUUGAUGAAUAUAUUCGAAAAGUUGUUGCGACUACUUGGCAUUCAUUGGGUACAUGUGCAAUGAUACCACGCGAUAAAGGCGGGGUAGUUGAUUCGAACCUUGAUGUAUAUGGUGUCGAAGGGCUCAAGGUUGCCGAUCUGUCAAUCGCUCCGGCAAAUGUUUCUGCAAACACAUACUCCACCGCAUUGGUCGUUGGCGAGAAGGCAUCUGAGAUCGUUAUGCGAGAGCUCGGCAUUGGGGGAAUGUGCUAG